UCUUUCUUUCAACACAUGACAUCCAUAUCUUAGUUGAUGCAAGUACAGCACUUUCAAAAGGGCUGUUCCAGUUGCUUCAUUUCCAUUGUUCCGGUCCUCACUUGUCUAGGCGCUUGAAAGUAUCGAGACCGUGAAGGGCACUCUGCGAAGGUCCUCCCUUCACCUAGUUCCCAUUUCCCUUUGACGCACCCACCUCCCCGUCUUUCACCGCGCAAUUCGCCGUUCAAAAAGGAAGGAACCUCGAGAGGCUGGAUCUCCGUAGAUCGAGUCGCUCUCUGUGUCUGAGCUCGAUUGUUUCUCGCAGUCCUAUCUUUAACAAGGUCCAAUCAAGGUCUGGUGAGCGUGAAGGCAACCAAGGAUCUCUGGAAGUGACAGGCUAGUGAAUUAUAUCACGUUUCCAAGUCCCUUCUUGGGGUUCCCCAUUGACAGGAAAGUGAAUUCUAACCAAGAUGUUCGAUAAUAUGACCUCGGAGGUCGGUGGACCACCCAAUUCCACGUAUUCUUAUGCGGAUCAGAAGUGGAUUGAAGGGGCCCGAUUUUUCGUUGAAGGAGUCACUCAGCUGAUCGUGGGCAUUAUCGGACUUGUAGGCAACAUGUUGUCGAUUGCGGUCCUAUGUCGGCGUGAUAUGGACCUCAAGCCAAUGUUUCGACAGAUUUUAGUCACGUUGAUCUCGUUUGACAUUGGGUGUAUCAUAUUCAACCUCCUUCUCUUCAGCCUCCCUCUACUCUCCAAUUCUUACAGCGAAGGCGUGUUUCCAUACAUUGUUCCCGUCGUCCUUCCAUUUGCCCAAAUUUCUCUUACUGGGUCAAUUUAUUGCACCUUAGCGGUGGCAAUUGAACGCUAUGUCUCAGUGUGCCACCCGCUUAGAACCCCAUCCGACUGCACAGGCACUCUUUCUAUCAUUGGACUGAUCGUCUUCUCCGUGGCCAUCAACAUCUGUCGUUUCUUGGAGUUUGAGACCACUUACGAACAUCGAAAAACCAAUCCGACACAAUCAAUGUCACAUAUGCCAUGGCAUCAACCACCGAACUCAGAAGUGACCUGGUUUAUUCACAGAUUACCAUGGUAACGAUGCUAUUGAUUGGCGGGAUCAUUCCAUUGGUGGUGUUAACAUUUCUUAAUACACGAAUAUAUAUCGCGAUUCGCACGCGAACCCAACGUCUUUUGACCAUGAGUUCCAAACAAAGGAGGGAUUUUGACGUGGCGGCAGUUUUAGUUGGCAUCAUCUUGGUUUUUAUCGUAUGUCAUUCGUUCAAAUUCUUCGUCAAUUGCUAUGAAGUUUAUAUGAGCUAUGUUGGGAUGGAUGUGGACAGCGAUUGGGGUGCUUGGAUGGAUGUGGUUUUGAGUUUCUCCCAUCUCAGUGUCACCGUGAAUUCCUCGCUCAAUUUCGUGAUCUAUUGCUACAAAGACGAAAAGUUCCGGCAAAAUCUCAUUCGAAUGUGCGUUGUCAAUGGCGGGUGUUGUCGGAAGCAUGGAUUUUCUCCCGUAGCCAACUCCAGCCUCAAGCAUGUUACACAAGUGUGAAAAUCAAUAUCCCCCCCAAAAAAAUCGUAUCGUUCGUACAAGACCCGACCAACAUCUGAGUGAUCCUUAGAUCCGUUGAUUUAUGUGUCCACAAAGUACCAACAACGCGUUACCCGUUUGUUAAAUUCGCUGGUAGAGGAUGUGUCCAAACACUGUACGAAGCUGAGGGAAACAAAGCAUUUCGCAGAGGCAAGAGAGUAUAGUCUUUCAAAUGGAGAAAAGGUCUACUCGAUUGGUUUAAAUAGAUGUUAUUUCGCCAUUGUCCACCGUAUUUCAAAUAUAAUAAAAUUUUAACUAUUCUGUA